CACCACCCUGGGCUCAUGUCGCAACCUGAGCCGUACAGUUCCGUUCCUUUGGACGAGGCCUCAACGUCGACGCCAACGAGCCCAGCUCACACCCCUCUUCCCCCCGAUAAUAGCCAGUACCGGUUUCUUGGCCAGAAUCCAGAUUCCAUAAGAGAUUCAUAUGCCUCAUCACCGUUAGGUGAAGACGCCUCAUCUUCGCGUUCCUUGCAACAGAACGACCCCAAGGAUGAUUUUAACGUCGCUGAAAAAGGUUUAGUCGAGAGAAGCGCAGGAACGCCCACGUCAAAUAGGAAACGAAACCUUAUCAUAGGCCUAGUGGUUCUCGCAGUCAUCAUUGUGGUCAUUGCCAUCGUCGUGCCUGUUACCGUCAUCAGGAAGAAGGGGAACGAUGAUAAGAGCAGUGGUUCAAGUGGCAGUUCCAGUGGCAGCAAUGGUGCGGGAGGUAGCUCGGGUGGAAACGGUGGGGGUGUUGUUGUCGCCAUUACCGGUGGUGAUGGGAGCGACGUCACAUUGGAGGAUGGCUCAAUCUUCAAGUAUCAGAAUUCUUUUGGAGGUCGUUGGCACUAUGAUGUCAAUGAUCCGUUCAAUAACGGUGCUCGUCCUCAAUCCUGGUCUCCUGCUCUCAAUGAGACCUUCAGAUAUGGUAUAGACAAAAUCAGAGGGGUCAAUCUUGGCGGAUGGCUUGUCCUUGAACCCUUCAUUUGCCCCGCAGUGUUCGAAAAAUAUCAGCCUCAGGCUGUUGAUGAAUAUACUUUGCAUCAGGCUAUGGCUGCUGAUACCGCCAAUGGAGGAUUUGCAAAGCUUGAAGAACAUUACAAGACCUUCAUUACCGAAAAAGACUUUGCAGAGAUUGCAGGCGCCGGGCUCAACUAUGUUCGGCUCCCGCUCCCAUACUGGGCUGUGGAAACACACUCAGAUGAACCUUUUCUUCCUAAAGUAGCUUGGAAAUACUUCCUGAUGGCCGUCCAAUGGGCUCGUAAAUACGGCUUACGCAUCAACCUCGACCUCCACACCGUUCCCGGGAGCCAGAAUGAUUGGAACCACUCUGGUCGUCGAAACGACGUCAACUUUUUAUCCGGAUCCAUGGGAUACGCCAACGCUCAACGGACCCUCGAAAUCAUCCGGACUCUUGCCGAGUUUAUCUCUCAAAAGGAGUAUAGGGAUGUCGUUACCAUAUUUGGGUUCAUUAACGAACCACGAGCAGUGCUUCUCGGACAGGAUUCCAUUGCGAGUUUCUAUGCAGAAGCUUACAAAGUCAUUCGUGCAGCCAGUGGUCAGGGUCAAGGUCAAGGUCCUUGGGUUGCCUUCCAUGAUGCCAUGAUGACCAAAUGGGACUGGAGAGGUUUCCUUCGCGGCGGAGAUAGAAUUGCCCUCGACUCGCACCCUUACACUGCUUUCGGAGAUGUUCAAAGCAACGCUGAAUGGGACUCCCAAUUACAAACACCGUGUAAUUGGGGGAAGGAAUUCAACCAGUCCAUGAGUGAUUUCGGGCUUUCGAGUGCUGGGGAGUGGAGUUUGGGAAUCAAUGAUUGUGGGCUCUGGUUAAAUGGAAUCCCAGAAAAGACGAGGUAUGAUGGGACAUAUACUCCCCAACCGUCUGAUAGGGUUGGGGAUUGCAGUGAUUGGACAGAGUGGCAGAACUGGUCAGAUUCGAGGAAGGCUGGUGCCAAGAAGUUUGCAUUGGCCAGUAUGGAUGGACUUCAGAACUACUUUUUCUGGACAUGGAAGGUCGGAGCUUCUAGCAUAUCCAACCAAGUCGAAUCCCCAGCUUGGUCUUAUCAACUAGGACUCGAACACGGAUGGAUACCCAGGGAUCCCCGUGAAGCUGACGGUACAUGCGGAAAUACUGAUCCUUUCACUGGUAAUAUCGCGCUUUCCACCCCUUCCUCACCGGAGUUCGAGGCUGAGCUAGGGAAGUAUCCCUGGCCUCCCGCAUCUAUCACGAUGGCAGGAGCGGCUGUAUCAGAUCUUCCAAGGUAUACUCCAACCGGAUCGAUUUCUUCGCUGCAGGGUGCGACAUUCACGGCCCAAGGGGCAAAACCUACAAAGACCGUCAACUUGGGUAGUGGAUGGACGAAUGCGGAUGAUAAGGAUGGGGCGAUGGUGGAAAUACAAGGAUGUCAAUAUCCGGGUGCGUGGGUUGAUGGGAAGACUGUGAAUUUACCGUUUUGUGCGGGUGCAAAGAGGAGAGAACCAGAGCCACAGCGCACACCUGCGCCAUAGGUUUGUGCUUGAACUUUAUCAUUAGGUAUAUACUAUUUCCACUACAUAGUCACUCAUUUAUCCGGACUCUUUUACAUACAUACUAGCCUCUUACACGGACGUAACCACCAUUUUCUCCUCUAAUAAUCUAUAGUCAUUCUACUGAUGUUGAUACAUCAUGUACCUGUAGCUACCGCUUAUCAGUAUGAACUUCCGCUUUGCUUUU